AGGAGGUGCGGGUUUGCCACGUCGGUCUCUGUGCAACGCAUUUACACUGUUGCUCCUAAAGCCCAGGGCUAACUUUUAAAGCCGUUUUAUGUUUUCGUCCGAAGAGAAAGUGACCCCACAGGACCGUGUGUACCGUCGUAGCUAAUCUCCAAACCGGUGCAGUCGUGGAUAUUGAAGCUGGAAGGCGGAGAAAUGCUCGGUGCUGUCUGGACUCGUCAGGCUGGAAGCCACACAACUGACUGAUGCAUCCUCGUUCAGUUCACCCCCCGUCUGUUGUCGAUGUUGAUGGCCUGGUUGUACAUGGUGGCUCACUGAAGAGAAAGAGGAGGAGUCCCAGCGGCUGUCGGUUGGUGGGCGGCAUCCGUGGUUGCCACGGUAACUGGCGACCAUGCCAGGAGGCCGCAGGGGUCCCAGCAGACAGCAGCUAAGUCGCUCUGCUCUGCCAUCCCUGCAGACUCUGGUUGGAGGAAACCUCAGCAAUGGUACAGGCCUCAGGAACAGGAGUAGUAACUCGGUGGGUCUGUCUGCCCCCCCUCUCUCGGCCCUCAUCACCCCGGAGCCUGUCCGUCACUCGAGGAUCCCCGAGCUGCCGUUGGACAGCAGCCUCUUGUUUGAAUUCCUGCUCUUCCUUUAUUUGCUGGUGGCCUUGUUUGUCCAGUACAUCAACAUCUACAGGACGGUGUGGUGGUACCCAUACAGCCACCCUGCUGCCUCUACCUCGCUUAACUUUCAUCUAAUGGACUACCACCUGGCUAUCUUCAUCACAGUCAUGUUGGCCCGCAGGCUUGUUUGGACUAUAGUUUCAGAGGUGUCUCAGAGCAGCGGCGGAUCUCUGUUCAGAUACGUGUUUCUGAUCACAGCUCGGCUCUCCCUGCUCACCAUGUGUGGCUGGGUGCUCUGCUGGACUCUGGUCAACCUCUGCAAGAACCACUCUGUGCUCAACCUCCUCUUCCUGGGAUACCCAUUUGGUGUGUACGUCCCGCUCUGCUGCUUCCAUCAAGAGGGAGGGAAAAGCCAAACGGCACAGACUGACUGCGACUAUCCAGCCGACCACCAGCAGACUGACCUAGCAGAGACCCCGUUCUUUAGGCCACGCGACUUCCUCUUCCUGUUAAGAGAGAACCUACGAGAGCAGUUUUCCAGCCCCCCGCACAUGCCCAUACACACCUGUCCGCCUCACACACACUCACACACGCCAGAGUUGAUUCGAACAGAGGUGGAGGAGCUAAAGAGCGACUUCAACCGGCGAAUAAAGGAAGUGCUGUUCAACUCGCUUUUUAGUGCUUACUAUGUAGCCUUCCUGCCUCUCUGCUUCGUCAAGAGCACGCAGUACUACGACAUGCGCUGGUCCUGUGAGCAUCUGAUCAUGGUGUGGAUCAAUGCAUUCGUGAUGCUCAUGAGUCAGCUGCUCCCCCCAAGCUACUGCGACCUGCUCCAUCGCUCAGCGGCUCACCUUGGCCGCUGGCAGAAACUGGAGCAUGGCUCUUACAGCAAUGCACCUCAGCAUGUGUGGUCAGAAAGCACCAUUUGGCCUCAGGGGGUGUUGGUACGACACAGUCGAUGUCUGUAUAAGGCAGUUGGACCUUAUAAUGUCGCCCUGCCCUCUGACGUUUCCCAUGCAAGGUUUUAUUUUCUUUUCCACAAGCCAUUGCGGAUCCUGAACCUGCUGAUCUGGAUCGAGUCCAGUGUGGUUUUGUACCAGUUAUACUCUCUGCUGCGCUCUGAGCGCUGGAACCACACCUUGUCUCUGGGCCUUAUUCUCUGCUGCAACUACUAUGUCCUUUUUAAACUGCUCCGGGACCGCAUCGUGCUGGGCAAAGCCUACUCCUACCCUCUGUCCUCCAACGGUUUGGGGCUGAAGUCGCAGUAAAGCCUCUUCACAGCGAGACCUCACCUAUGAACUCUGCAGGUGGAGGGGAGAUGGGUGGAGGCGGAGCUGGAGGGUGAAGGAGGUUAAGGGACAGACUGUGAACUCAUUAUCCUGUUUUGAUACGGUUCUAUUUUUAAUGCAAUGUUUAUAUAAACCUAUUUAAAAGAAUAUUUUUAUUUUGUAUACUAUUUCAAGUUACGCCGGGCAUUACUGCGCUGACGACAUUAGCAUGUUCUGUUAUGUUGUUGCUAGGCGACAGAGAAGUCAGGGAAUGCCAGGAGGUGACUUUCACCAAAGAUAUAUUAAGUGCAGGCGGCCAAUCACAAGAGGACUUGACUUCUGACAGUUUAAACCAGACAUUGAUAAGGAGCAGUGGACAGAGCACUGAUCGGGCAGUUUUUCUUCACUUAUGAGGCUUUUAAAGAGUACAGUCUAGACCGACCCUCUUUGUGAAUUGUCUUAAGAUAAAUAUGGUUAUGAAUUGGCACUAAACAGACAAAAAAGAGUGAUCGAGAUUGAUUGAUUGAUUAAAGCUUCAAAGUAGAGUAGAGUUCGGCUCAGACUACACAAAUUCAGCCAGGUUUUGACCCGACGGCAACAUCACAGCCCAUCAACGAAGGUUCCAAGACACCCACGUCCAUGACUCAACAAGACUAACGUCAGAAUUUUUUGUUCAUCAUUGUCUAGUUUGACACCCUGACUUGAUGUCAACAACAUGAAUCCUGACGGCUACCAUAGGAGUGUGUGAAGCGUAUCCCAGCUGUCAUUGAGGGGGUUGACCCUGGACUGGUCUCCAGUCAAUCACAGGGCUGACAUGUAGAGAUGACCAACCCAACUCACAAUUAGAGUCACCAGUUAACCUAAAGAGCAUGUCUUUGGUGGCGUGAGGAAGCCAGGGGAGCUCAUGCAAGUUCCUCAUUGAAAGGACUGGGAACCGAACCAGGAAACCUUCUUGCUGUGAGGCAACAGAGCUAACCCCUAUGCUGCCAUGUAGCCUGCUGCAUGCAUUGCCUGGGCUUAUUGGACUAAAUUUUUUGACAUCAUUACAUUCACGCCUAAAGUUCUAUUUAAAGGAUAGCCAGUCUAUAAUGCCCUCCUUUUGAUAAAUAGAAUCAAGUCCAUAGCUGUUAUCCAUAAUCCAUGAUCCACAAUCGUCCCUCCCUUGCUAUUUCUCAUUUUUAGAGUGAAACACUGCUGUUCAUCAUCCCCCUUUUUGUAGCGAUGAUGGACGAUCUCUGACCCGCCUUCCUGACAGCCUGUAAACUCACACACAGUCGCAGAGACAGUAGUGAUGACAGUGAGCGGUCAGGAUCACUCUUGUAGUGUGGUCAGUGAGUCAGCCAAGGCUGGAGAAGAUUUUUGCCACAUAGUCUGACAUGGUGUCAUUGUUAUGGACAAAAAAUGUAGUCAGAGCCAAACUUAAAUGAAAACAAUGCAGCUCUUUGAGGUAGAGUCAAUUACUCUCAGCUUUUUUCCUCAGAGAUUUUGAAUCAAAAGUUCUACAAAUUGAGAAAUGCGCUUGUUCUCUUUCUAGCUAGAGACCAUGCUUUUAUCUGUCCAUUAAAUAUUCUGGCACUUAACAGCAGCAUUGAGCUCAUAAUAAGCUUAACGACCACUAACGGGUAGUAUGGAGCUCUCCAUCGGCACAAAAUGUACCAGCAGCUCCUCUUAACAACCACUACUGCACAUGUCUUGGUUUGAUUGAAUCAAAAACCAAAGUGUAAAUAUGACUGUUUGCAACAUGGCAGGGCUUUAAGUGUUGGACCAUUUCUUGGCUCUGAUUAGGUCUGUUUCUGGCCAAGAAACCUGCCAAAACACACUUUUAUUUAAAAAAAAAUCAAUCUAGCUUGUUGAUAAGGGAGCACAAAAGGUGCUAAUAGUCAAUUAUGUAGCUGCUCUUUAUUGGUGAGAUAGCUGUCUGCCUUCUGUAGCUUCUAAUUUAAUGAGCAGAUGUCCUAUGAGGGUGGUAUUUGCAAUCACAGCUAGAAAGUGAACAAGUAAAAUGAUUUUUCUCUUUAAAGCUGAGCCUUAGAAAGGUUUUUUUUUUUGUUUUUUUUUUUACGAACUGACUUGAGAUAAACCCUUUCAGUGCUCUAAUCCACUACUAUGCAAAUGAUUUUCCCUCAUUUAUUUGUUUUCCUGUCAUCAGUGUUUUCUCCCUAGAUCUGGUUUUCUGGAGGGCAGUCAGAGAAGCUGUAUUUGCUAAUUUAACCUAUCUUAAGAGGAGAAAGGGAUCAACACAUAAUUAAAAUCGUUGAACUCAAUUAGACCUACAAGUAUCGUCAUACGUCUCUUUCCCCCCUUUGUUCUUAUUUAAUAAGAGAGACAAAUGUAGGGAUGCUGAUAUCACUAGUUGAAAAUGAAAAGCAAAACUGUCUGACCACUCCUUGACCUGCAAGAUUUUUGAAAUAAUCCUUGACUGAUUUAUGUUUAAAAGGUCAAUGAGUCACAGCUUGAUUUGUUUAAUUCUGGUGCCUGAAACCAAAUUAGGAGUGAGGCCAUAUUUUUUGUUCCAGGGAAUUGGAAAAAGUUGGCAAAUAUGUCGCAUAGGCAGGAUUGGUGUUGUUCAUCUCAGGACGUACCCCUUCUCCCAGUACAUAAACAAGAUUGUCAUCACCUACCGAUAACGAUCUGACAACAGAGGAUGUUAAAUCAAAGGGUAAGGACAGCUUUAGCGGAAGGACUGUACCACCUCAUCAUCACUUCAUGUAUUUACAGUUACCAGACACGUGUUACAAACUGGUUGCCUUGCAUGUUGCCUUUAAGUUCUGUUAAAAUAAUUCGUAGACCACCUCCUGCUCUUUGUCACAGGCUCUAAUCUGCAGCCACUACAUAACUUGAGGCAGUAUUAGAGUUGGAUAUUCAGAGAAAAAUCAAUACAUCUUGAACAGAAAAGCCUUUUUUUCACCAGGUUAACUUUUAAGUAGAAAAUCUGAAUCAAUAUGUCCUUUGCGGUUGUGAAUUUCACACUGAAUGCCUCCGGUGAGUUUCAGAUUGAGUGUAAAUGGGAUGGGGAAGAGCACUUUGGAGUUGAGUGUUGCAUCUGGAUCCCAGGCGCUGCUCUGUGCCUCAGCAGAAGUUAAAGAAAUCUUUGAUUAUACAUCUAUAAUCUACAGGUUUCCAUCAUUGUGCCUCCCCUUAAAGCGGCUACUUGGUGCUCAUGUUUUUGUUUGCUGUCAUUUUCCACUUGAAUGUAGCAAAAUGUUUCUUCUGAAUGUUGCUGUGAACUUGAAUUGGCAUGUUUUGUUUUCAGUUGAUAGAGCAUCAGCCACUGAAAUAAUUUAUUUCUCUGUUUUCUGGCACCUUUAUCUUGCCCUUAUCUCAAUUGCAGGCAAACUAAGGUUGCUUUAAAUCUGUCGGUUAUUACUUGAAUGUUAAGCCUUUGCGCAAAUACUGCCCUCUCUGUUAGCUAUUUUUUUGGUUGUUUUUUACCCCUGAGAUUACAAAAUUAAAUUUAAAGAUGUGUUUUUGGUCUGCUGAUGAUGCAGACAAUGUUCCUUUGGUUGGAAAAGUUAUCAGACUGAAUUGCAGAGGUUGUUUCCCAUGUGCCAUAUCCCAGGAUACAGCUUCAGUCCUGGUUGAACUUUCUGUUGAAUGUGUCGGUGCUGGAGAAGUCAAAGGAGCUGGUCCUCAUAUUUCGGCUUUUUACAGUGUUUAGUUUCCCCGCAGCAUUUCUGAAAAUGCUUUUUGACAUCUGAAAUAA